AUGGCCUCGGCUAUGUCGAUUGCGCAGAAGCGCAAACAAUCGAUUGCUCGCAAGACUCCUCGCACUAGUAGAAAGGGACUUCCUUCGCGCACAGGUAGUAAAAAGCUUCCAGGCGCUCGCAUCAAGAAGGGACACAGAUAUGCCCUAGGUAUCUGCCCUUACAACUCUGGUCCUGUCAAUCCCAAUUUCAUCUAUACAGAGCCAAAGAAGAACAAAGCUCCUAAGGUGCUGAAACCGAAGGCUACGCCAAAAUGCAAGCCUCUCCCUACCAAGAAGCCUCGACGAAUUGUUGAUCACGAUUCCGACGAGGAUAUACCAGACGCUACUCAGAAUCCGACUGUAGACAACAAUGAUAGCGAGGAACCUACUGCUCAGCAGGCAACUCUUGAUAAUGAGCAAGAGGAAGAUGAUCAAGACGAAGAUAAGCAGGACGAAGAUGAGCAGGAGCAAGAUGAGCAAGAUUAA